AUGGCGAAGGAUGAAGAAGACGAGAAGAAAGCCAAGAAAGGGAAGAAGGGCAAGAAGGGCGCGGAGCCCGAGAAGCCCAAACGGAGCUUGAAGGGGACGUCCCGCCUGUUCAUGGGCUUCCGGGACCGCACGCCCAAGAUCUCCAAGAAGGGGCAGUUCCGGAGCGCGUCGGCUUUCUUCUGGGGUCUCCACACGGGCCCGCAGAAGACCAAACGCAAGAAGAAGGCACGCACCGUGCUGCAGUCCACGUCGAAGCUCAUGACGCAGAUGCGCAUGGGUAAGAAGAAGCGUGCCAUGAAGGGCAAGAAGCCGUCGUUCAUGGUCAUCCGCUUCCCCGGCCGCCGCGGCUACGGCCGGCUGCGGCCGCGCGCCCGGUCGCUCAGCAAGGCCUCCACGGCCAUCAACUGGCUUACCAAGAAGUUCCUCCUCAAGAAGGCCGAGGAGGCUGGCAGCGAGCGGGCCGCGGUCGACGCCUGGCUCAACCGCUCAGGCUCGCGGGGCUCCCGCAAGCUGGCCUUCCCCUCGGGCGCCGAGAUCCUGCGCCACGGAGGCCGCCUGCGCCGCUUCCCGCGCAGCCGCAGCAUCUACGAGUCCGGCGACGCCGUGGGCUUCGUGCCCUUCGAGGACGAGGCCUCCUUUGGGCCCGCGGGCUCGCGCAGGUCGCUCUACGGCCUCGAGGGCUUCCAGGACCUGGGCGAGUACUACGACUACUACCGCGAGGGAGACGACUACUACGACCAGCAGUCGCUCUACCAGUACGAGGCGCGGGAGCCCUAUCUGGCUGCCCACGGCCCCUACGGCCCCGCCUGGCCCCCCUACGGUAGUGACCCCUACUACGGAUACCCGCCGGAGGACCCCUAUGACUACGACGCUGCGGCCUAUUACGGGGACUUCUAUCCACCGUACCCCUUCGGCUACGGCUAUGGCUACGGCUACGACGACUACCAGCCCCCCUACGCGCCCCCGUCGGGGUACACCUCCCCGCUGGGGUACGCCUCGCCCUACAGCUACUACGACGGGUACGAGGGUGAGGCUUACCCGGCCAGCCGCUACCUGGACCCUUACGCGCUUUACGACACGCCAUACCCACCCUACGACGACCUGCCUUACGGCGUGCCCUACGAGGUGCCCUACUUCGAUGCCUACGGGAUGCCCUACGGCCUCCCAUACGGCGCGCCCUACGCCGAAGGCGCCUACGGCGGCGCCGCGGCCGGGGCCAUCUACCCGCCCGAGGCGCCCUACCUGUACCCGGCGGAGGAGCAGGCCUUCCUGUACCCCUGGGCGCCGCCACCCCUGACCUCUCCCCACAACCCGUACGCCCACCCCAUGGACGACAUCGCCGAGCUGGAGGAGCCCGAGGAGGCGGCGGGAGAGCGGCAGAGGACCUCCUUCCGCCUGCCCAGCGCCGCCUUCUUUGAGCAGCAAGGCAUGGACAAGCCCGCCAGGUCCAAGCUGUCCCUCAUCCGCAAGUUCCGGCUCUUCCCGCGGCCCCAGGUGAAGCUGUUUGGGAAGGAGAAGUUGGAGGUGCCCCUCCCGCCCUCCCUGGACAUCCCACUGCCCUUUGGGGACGCGGAGGACGAGGAGGAGGACGAGCUGCCCCCGGGGGCGCCCUACGACCACCUCUACUGGCGCUUCCUCUCGCCACGCCAGCGCAACCUGCAGCGUGCCCUGUCGGCCUUCGGGGCCCACCGCGAGCUGGGGCUGCGGCCCGAGCUCGGCCGCCCUCCGGCACGACCGGCCACCUCGCUGGCCCGCUUUCUCAGGAAGACCCUGUCCGAGAAGAAGCCCACCCCACGGCUUUGGGGCAGCCAGAAAGCGCGGGCAGGCGCGCCCGCUGUCCGGGAAGCGGCCUACAAGCGCUUCGGCUACAAGCUGGCCGGCAUGGACCCCGAGCGGCCCAGCACGCCCAUCGCGCUGCGGCGCGUGCAGCCGCGCACGCGCAACAACAAUAACUCGUGGAGCUUCGUGGAACCCCCGCCCAUGUGCCCCGAGGACACCUCGGAUGUGCUGGCCUUCCCUGGGCCCCGGCCCUCGCUCAGAGGGUCCCGCCGCCGGGGCUUGGCGUUUGGCUUCCCGGGCCGCUCGCCGCAGACCUCCCGCCGCCUAGGGUGGCCACCACUGUCCUCCCCGCAGCCCUCCCUGCGGAGCCUGGCCGGCCCUGGCUAUUGCUCGCCCCGGGGAGGCCUGUCCCCACAGCCCUCCAUCCGGUCGGGCCCUUUCCAGCCGCCCUUCUCGGCCCCGCCCCGCCGACCUCGCUCGUUUCGGGAGCCGCUAACCCCACACCUGGGCUCCAGGCGUCUGGGCCCACCCCGCUCCCAAGCCCUGGGCUCCCCCCGGCUGCCCCCGAGAGCUUUCAGCCAGAGGCUGCCUGGGUCCCCACCUCUGCUGGGCCCUAGCCUUAGCCGCCGCUCCCUGAACCUCCCCCCGCGCCGCCUGCCCUCGUGGAAACAGCUCAGCAAACAGCAGCCCACGAGGGCCGUGAAGGCCCAAGUGCGCUCACCCUUCCAGUGGCCGAGGGCCACAGGAUCCUGGCCCAUAGGUCGGGCUGCCCCUAAGCCCCGGGAGCCAGAAAAAGAGGACUCAGAGACGCUCUGGACCGUGCCACCGCUGGUCCCAGGCUGGGACUUGGACUCACCUCCCACCCAGCGUCCACCCUCCCCCUGGCCAGGAGGUGUAAGCACCCGCCGGGGUUUGUCCAGGCCACCCGUUGUCCCAGAAAACCCUUUCCUGGAGCAGAUGGGCCCUGUGCCAUCUCCUUCGCCCCUGGUAGAGGACCCAGCCCCUGACUCAGCAGGUGUCUUCUUGAGCAGACACAGUGAACCAGGACCGGGACAGCUCCUCAGAUCUGCAGGACCGAGCCCCGAGAAGCCAGAAGAGGCUGUUCUGGUGGACCCCCAGACACCAGCCGAACUUGAGUCUCCAACCCCAACACCCCCCAAGGAUCUCAAUACAAAGUUAAGACCCAGCCUAUCCUACCCUCUGGCGACAUGUGACCAGAAAAAGGCCCUGUGGCCACCGUGGCGUCAUUGGACAACAGGGCCCAGAGCCCUUGCUCCUUUGGCACCAACUGGUGCCCCGGAGCCCCUUCCUGAGUCGGGUAAGCGGCGCCAGGUCUCACCUGGACGUUGUGCAGUGGUCAUGCCUUGGGUGCAGAAGCUGGGCACCCUCCAGCGAGUGGGUCCUGCCACCACUGUGCAGCAUGCUACCCGGCUAGCCCAGGAACCCCAGCCCAGCCUAGAGCCCAGAGCCUGGAGCCUGCGCUGGGCCCACCAGCCAGCAGAGGCCCACCAGCCUUGGCCAAGAGCAAGCACCUGCCCUCCAUCCCGCCGCCUGGGCCCUGGAGCCUCCUGCCUGUUCUUCAGGGGGCGCUGGGAAAAACUUGGCUCCCAAAGCUGGCAGAACAAGAUGCACUCCAUCCGCAACCUGCCAUCCACACCGUUCCGUGAACAUCGAGGGGAGGAUGGUGUGGAGGACAUGACGCAGCUAGAAGACCUGCAGGAGGCCACUGUGCUGGCCAAUAUCAAGAAUCGAUUUGAGCGGAACCUCAUCUAUACGUACAUUGGCAGCAUCCUGGUAUCGGUGAACCCAUACCAGAUGUUUGAGAUCUACGGCCCCGAGCAGGUGCAGCAGUACAACGGGCGGGCUCUGGGAGAGAACCCACCACACCUCUUUGCAAUUGCGAAUCUCGCCUUCGCCAAAAUGCUCGAUGCCAAACAGAACCAGUGUAUCAUCAUCAGUGGAGAAAGCGGCUCAGGCAAAACCGAAGCCACCAAGCUGAUUCUGCGCUACCUGGCUGCCAUGAACCAGAGACGGGGCAUCCCACAGCAGAUUCUAGAGGCAACACCGCUCUUGGAGUCCUUUGGGAAUGCCAAAACUGUCAGGAAUGACAACUCCAGCCGCUUUGGGAAGUUCAUGGAGAUCUUUCUGGAGGGGGGCGUGAUCUCUGGUGCCAUAACUUCCCAGUACCUGCUGGAGAAAUCCAGGAUCGUGUUCCAGGCCAAAAAUGAACGGAAUUAUCACAUCUUCUACGAGCUGCUGGCUGGGCUGCCUGCCCAGCUCUGCCAGACCUUCAGCCUGCAGGAGGCCGAGACCUACUACUACCUGAAUCAGGGUGGUAACUGUGAGCUCGAGGGAAAGAGCGACGCAGGUGACUUCCGGCGACUCUUGGAUGCCAUGGAGGUGCUGGGGUUCAGCGGGGAAGACCAAGACGGCAUCUUCCGCAUCUUGGCUUCCAUCCUACACCUGGGCAAUGUCUACUUUGAGAAGUACGAGGACUUGACCUUCAACAGCUUCGAACAGCUGUGCAUCAACUAUGCAAACGAGAACCUUCAGUACCUUUUCAACAAGAUUGUCUUCCAGGAGGAGCAGGAGGAGUACAUCCGGGAGAAGAUUGACUGGCAGGAGAUCACCUUUGCCAACAACCAGCUCUGCAUCAACCUCAUCUCCCUGAAGCCCUACGGCAUCCUGCGCAUCCUCGAUGAUCAGUGCUGCUUCCCCCAGGCCACAGACCACACGUUCCUGCAGAAAUGCAACUACCACCAUGGCGCCAACCCACUCUACUCCAAGCCCAAGAUGCCAUUGCCCGAGUUCACGGUCAAGCACUAUGCAGGCAAGGUCACCUACCAGGUGCACAAGUUCCUGGAUAAGAACCACGACCAGGUGCGACAGGAUGUGCUCGACCUGUUUGUGAGGAGCCGGACACGGGUGGUGGCACACCUUUUUGCCAGCCAUGCUCCACAGGCGGCCCCCCAGCGUGUGGGCAAGUGCAGCUCGGUCACCCGGCUCUACAAGGCACACACAGUAGCUGCCAAGUUCCAGCAGUCUCUGCUGGAUCUGGUGGAAAAGAUGGAGAGGUGUAGCCCCUUGUUUGUGCGCUGCCUGAAGCCCAACCAUAAGAAGGAGCCGGGCCUCUUUGAGCCCGAGGUGGUGAUGAACCAGCUGCGCUACUCUGGGGUACUGGAGACCGUGCGUAUCCGGAAGGAGGGCUUCCCUGUGCGACUGCCCUUCCAGGUGUUCAUUGACAGGUACCGCUGUCUAGUGGCCCUCAAACAUAACCUGCCAGCAAGUGGGGACAUGUGUGUUUCCGUGCUGAGCCGCCUGUGCGCUGUGAUGCCAAACAUGUACCGUGUCGGAGUCAGCAAGCUGUUCCUUAAGGAGCACCUGUACCAGCUGCUGGAGAGCAUGCGGGAGCGGGUCCUGCACGCGGCAGCCCUCACCCUGCAGCGCUGCCUCCGCGGCUUCUUCAUCCAGCAACGGUUCCGCUCGCUGCGCUGCAAGAUCAUCCUGCUGCAGAGCCGGGCCCGUGGCUACUUGGCCAGGCAGCGCUAUCAACAGAUGAGGCGGAGCCUCGUGAAGUUCCGGUCUCUGGUACACACGUAUAUUAACCGCCGGCGCUACCUCAAGCUGAGGGCAGAGCAGAGGCACCAGGUGGAGGAGGUGUGGCUGCGGGAGCAGGAGGAGCUUAGAAAGCGGGAGGUGGUGGCCGUGGGGCACCUGGAGGUGCCCGCUGAGCUGGCUGGGCUCCUGCGAGCAGCAGCAGGGAUCAGGCUGGCACCGGUGGGCCCCGUGCGGCCUCCUCGCCUGCAGGCUGAACCCCGAGUCACCUUGCCCCUGGACAUCAACAACUACCCUAUGGCCAAGUUUGUGCGGUGCCAUUUCAUGGAACCUGCCUUUGGGAUGCUGACAGUGCCCCUGCGGGCGCCUCUGACGUGGCUUCCGGCCGAGCACCACAGGGAAGCACUGAGCAUCUUCAAGCUGGUCCUGCGCUUCAUGGGCGACCCCCACCUGCACAGUGCCCAGGAGCGGGUCUUUGGGAACUACAUUGUGCAGAAGGGGCUGGCCUCACCUGAGCUUCGUGAUGAGAUUCUGACACAACUGGCCAACCAGGUGUGGCACAACCCCAAUACCCACAAUGCCGAGCGCGGCUGGCUACUCCUGGCCACUUGCCUCAGCGGCUUCGCACCCUCCUCGCGCCUCAACAAGUACCUCCUCAAGUGGGACCAGUUUUCCUGCCCAGUACACUCGUGGAGUACAGGGGAAGAGGUGGCUGGAGACAUCCUAAGACACAGAGGACUGACAGACGGCUGGCGGGGCUGGACAGUGGCCAUGAAGAAUGGGGUCCAGUGGGCAGAGCUGGCCGGCCACGACUAUGUACUGGACCUGGUGUCGCACCUUGAGCUGCUCAGGGGCUUCCCUCGACAGAAGUCCUACUUCAUCAUCGGCGCUGAAGGGCCGGUGGCUGGCCGGGGCGGCCCCAGAGCUGUAUUUGGGAACAGCUGGGACUCAGAUGAGGACUCACCCACAAGACCCCAGCCCCAGGAGCACAUGCCCCAAGGGCCCGACUCCUACGGGUACUGCAGCCACAAUGAGGAAGGUACAAAUGGGGAGACUGAGGCCCAAGAAGGGACAGUGGCCCCCUCAGACUGGGACGGUCACGACAAGCCUGCUGUGCCCCCCAAGGGGCUGGACGGCUACCUUGACAGCCUCUUCGACCCUGUGCUGUCCUACGGGGAUGUGGACCUUGAGAAACCCACAGCCAUUGCCUACCGCAUGAAGGGUGGUGGUCAGCCUGGUGGAGGCAGCAGCAGCAGCAGCGCUGAGGACACCCCUGGGAGACCCUCAGAGUCAAAGCCAAAACCAAUCCCAGGCCUGGACACUUCCACGCUGGCCCUGCAGCAAGCCUUCAUCCGAAAACAGGCCGUGCUACUGGCUCGGGAGAUGACUCUGCAAGCCCUGGCACUCCAGCAGCAGGCCCCGGGCCCGGCCCCCCGAUCCCUGCCCCCUGAGAAACCUUUCGCUCCAGAGGCAUGGCCGAAGGCUGUGGGCAUUGGGCCCCCUGCCAAACCUGUGCUCCUGCGUGCUGCUCCGAGGCCUGGGACCCCAACCCCCUGGGCCCAGGCCCCCAGCCCCCCCACCAAGCCUGUGGCAGUGCCUAUCCUUGCCCAGGCCCAGGCUUCCCCAGAAACCACCUCCCAAGAACUGGUCCGGCAUUCAACGCUCAACUCGGAGCACAUCCUCCAGCCCACACAGCAGAUCAAGAACAUUGUGCAGCAGUACCGGACACCCCACGGAGGGGGCCCCAAGGCCCUCAGGAAGGAUGGUGGGAAAGUGUUCGUGAAGCGGCCAGACCCCCACGAGGAGGCCCUGCUGCUCCUGAAGGAGCAGAUGACCCCCCCAGUGGCGCCAGCUGGCACCCAGGUGCCCAGAGAAGCCGUGGCCUUGGUGAAGCCAGUGACCUGUGUGCCGGGGCCAUGUGUGGGGCCAAGCCCAGUGCUGCCCGCCCGGUCGCUGGAGGCCCUGGAGGAGCCUGUGCAGACCAGACUGCACCGCCUCACCAACCCCGACUUCUACGGCUACCGGGAUGCGCCCUGGCGGGUCUUCCUGAGAAAAGAGGUGUUUUACCCCAAGGACAGCUACAACCACCCUGUGCAGCUCGACCUCCUGUUCCGGCAGGUCCUGCAUGACACGCUCUCUGAGGCCUGCCUGCGCAUCUCCCAGGACGAGCGGCUCAGGAUGAAGGCCCUGUUUGCCCAGAACCAGCUGGACACACAGCGGCCCCUGGUGACGGAGAGGGUGAAGCGGGCCGUGGUCAGCACAGCCCGGGACAGCUGGGAGGUCUACUUCUCCCGCCUCUUCCCUGCAACGGGCAGCGUGGGCACAGGCGUGCAGGGCCUCGCUGUGUCGCACUUGGGCAUCAAGCUGCUGCGGAUGGUCAAGGGCAGCCGAGAGGCUGGUGGGCAGCUUCGGGUCCUCCGCUCAUACAGCUUUGCCGAUAUCCUGUUUGUGACCAUCCCUUCCCGGAACAUGCUGGAGUUCAACCUGGCCAGCGAAAAGGUCAUCCUCUUCUCAGCCCGAGCUCACCAGGUCAAGACCCUGGUGGACGACUUCAUCCUGGAGCUCAAAAAGGACUCGGACUAUGUGGUGGCCGUGAGAAACUUCCUACCUGAGGACCCGGCCCUGCUGGCCUUCCACAAGGGUGACAUCAUCCAUCUGCAGCCCCUGGAGCCACCCCGAGUGGGCUAUAGCGCUGGCUGCGUGGUCCGCAAGAAGGUCGUGUACCUGGAGGAGCUGCGGCGUGGAGGCCCCGACUUUGGCUGGAGGUUCGGGACCAGCCAUGGGCGUGUGGGCCGCUUCCCCUCAGAGCUGGUGCAACCUGCAGCCGCCCCAGACUUCUUGCAGCUGCCCGCUGAGCCAGGCAGGGGACGGGCCGCCGCCGUGGCCGCUGCUGUGGCCUCCUCCGUGGCUGCUCAGGAGGUGGGCCGCUGGAGAGAGGGCCCUCCACCCAGAGUGGGCUCCCCUAAGCGCCAGGAGGGCGCUCUGGCUCCUCCACAGCAUACUAUGCUUGAGUUUGCCCAGAAGUACUUCCGAGACCCGCAGAGGAGACCUCAGAAUAGCCUUAAGCCGAAAUGCAAGGAGGGCCGGGAGUCCAGAACCUUGGAGGAUAUGCUUUGCUUCACUAAGACGCCGCUCCAGGAAUCCCUCAUCGAACUUAGCGACAGCAGCCUCGACAAGAUGGCCACGGAGAUGUUCUUAGCUGUGAUGAGGUUCAUGGGAGAUGCCCCACUGAAGGGCCAGAGUGAGCUGGACGUGCUGUGCACCCUCCUGAAGCUGUGUGGGGACCACGAGGUCAUGCGGGACGAGUGCUACUGCCAAAUUGUGAAGCAGAUCACGGACAACGCCAGCACCAAGCAGGACAGCUGUCAGCGAGGCUGGCGGCUGCUGUCCAUCCUGGCUGCCUACCACAGCUGCUCCGAGGUCUUCCAGCCACACCUCCUCCACUUCCUGCACAACACGAGCCAGGCCCCCGGCCUGCCCUUCCAAGGUAUCGCCAAGGCCUGUGAGCAGAACCUGCAGAAAACCGUGCGGUUCGGCGGCCGCUUGGAGCUCCCCAGCAGCAUGGAGCUCCGGGCCAUGUUGGCUGGUAGGAGUUCUAAGAGACAACUCUUCCUUCUUCCCGGAGGCCUGGAACGCCACCUCAAAAUCAGAACGUGCACCGUGGCCCUGGAUGUGGUGGAGGAGAUCUGCGCUGAGAUGGCUCUGACCCGCCCCGAGGCCUUCGACGAGUACGUUAUCUUCAUUGUCACCAACCAAGGUCAGCACGUGUGCCCCCUGAGCCGCCGCACCUACAUUCUGGAUGUGGCCUCAGCGAUGGAGCAGGUGGACGGGGGCUACAUGCUCUGGUUCCGGCGCGUGCUUUGGGAUCAGCCACUCAAGUUUGAGAACGAGCUGUAUGUGACAAUGCACUACAACCAGGUCCUGCCUGACUACCUGAAGGGCCUCUUCAACAGCGUGCUGCCCAGCCAGCCCAGCGAGCAACAGCUGCAGCAAGUGUCCAAGCUGGCCUCCCUGCAGCACCGGACCAAGGACCGUUUCUGCCUGCCCAGUGUGCGGGAAGUCCAGGAGUACAUCCCGGCCCAGCUCUACCACACAAACGCCGGCUCCGCCUGGCUCAGCCUGAUCAACCAGCACUGGCAGCAGACGCAGGCACUCAGCCCACACCAGGCCCGUGCCCAAUUUCUGGGCCUCCUCAGCGCCUUGCCCAUGUUUGGCUCCUCCUUCUUCUUCAUCCAAAGCUGCAGUAACAUGGCUGUGCCAGCCCCCUGCAUACUUGCCGUUAACCACAAUGGCCUCAACUUCCUCAGCACCGAGACCCACGAGCUGAUGGUGAAGUUCCCCCUGAAGGACAUCCAGUCCACCCGGACCCAGCGGCCCACAGCCAACUCCAGCUACCCCUACGUGGAGAUCGCCCUGGGGGACGUGGCAGCCCAGAGGCCCAUGCAGCUGCAGCUGGAGCAGGGUCUGGAGCUGUGUCGCGUGGUGGCCGCCCAUGUGGAGAACCUGCUCAGUGCUCGUGAGAAGCGACUCACGCUGCCUCCGAGCGAAAUCACCCUGCUCUGA